AUGUGUCGUCCGCCUAAAAAUAAGAAGAAAGGCAAGGAUCAGAAAACCAAGGGCGGUUCUCGACAAAACGGGCUUCAAAUUAUGCAACUUGGGCCUAAAAAAUCGGAACGAAAAUCACCAUCUGUUGGUGCCGUUCCACAGCAGCCACAACCCGUCCCUCAAACGGCAGUCGAGGCUCAGGAGCCUUACUCGGAUAACACAGUCAAGGAUGUACCGGAUUUGAUGCCUUUCUAUGUAGAUGACAAUGUACGUGAGCUCUACUUUUCGGAAGAACAACUAAUAGACUUUAUCGCCAUGACUGGAGGACUUAUAAUGGCGGGAGUUGCUAUUGCAGCGGCUGGUUUUGGAGCGAGGAUACUAUUGCGAAACCAGAAUGCGAUAAAGAAGGGCUUUGAAAAGAUACCGAUUGCUGGAGAGGUUUUUGAUAAAUAUCAUCGCGGUGGAUUUGAGUCUAAAAUGUCGAGGAGAGAAGCGGCAAUGAUUCUCGGAGUUCAAGCUACUGCCAAGCCCAACAAAAUUAAAGAGGCACACAAAAGAAUAAUGAUUGUAAACCAUCCCGAUCGAGGUGGAUCGCCAUAUUUGGCAGCAAAAAUUAACGAAGCUAAAGAUUAUUUGGAAUCGAAUAAGAGU